GCUUCAAUACUGUUUUGGUUCGACAAGAAUAGCCAAAGUGUUAACUACGCUCGAUUGGAGUGGUUGAGUAUUUGUGCUUCUGCUCGCUACACGCUUUUUAAUAAGGACUACAAACAAAUACGCUGACUAAUUUAUACGCGAUCGGAAACGUGAAUUUAAAUGAACUGAAUCAAAUUAAAUAUUAAAUAAUAAAAAAAUCAGAAAUUUGAGAGCCUAAAUGUGAUUCGAACGUAGUCGAGGACCACGAGAAUCGAUCGCACAUCAAAGCUCAAGUAAAAAGUCGGCAAAUGUUAUCCGCACGAGAACAGUUUUUCGCACCUUCCUCAUUGCCAGCAUCAGCAUUGGGUCUGGGUAUUGAGGUGGUUGACCAGCGGUCAACUCCUGUUUAUAGCCCAACAACAGUGCCAUUAACCAGUGUACAUGGUUGGCGGAAUGGCGGAAGCGUCUUUGCCUCCGCGCCAUCUACAAAUGGCAGCGAAGCACAUAGCGAUCAACAGCAGAUACAAAUACAGCCAUUGGUGGUAAAUAAAAGUAACGGCUGUACUAAUGGCAGUAAGGAGAAAAACUCUGAUGAACCAUUCUCGAAUUUGCCUUCCCGUGACCCAGUAGAUAUAGAAUUUAAGGAGCUGUCACUUACAGUACAAAUGGGGUUUGGAAAAGGAGAAAAGGAGAUUUUACAUAAUGUCGGCGGAAAAUUUCCUGGCAGUCAGCUAAUUGCGAUAAUGGGCCCUUCUGGUGCGGGAAAGUCCACAUUACUGGAUGCGUUAUCUGGCUUUAAAACAACAGGUGUAGAUGGUUCUAUACUCCUGAAUGGUCGUAGACGAGACUUGCCUUCAUUCCGUCGAAUGUCCUGUUACAUAACACAAGAUGAUCGCCUUCAGCCGUUAUUAACAGUAAACGAGAAUAUGCAUAUAGCAGCAGAUUUGAAAUUGGGCUCAAAUGUGAGUUAUGAGGAGAAGGAAGGAAGGAUCGAAGACAUUCUGUUGCUGCUGGGCUUGUACGAACAUGACCAAACAAUGACUAUGCGUCUAUCCGGUGGACAAAAGAAGAGGCUCUCUAUUGCAAUGGAAUUGAUAAACAAUCCAACAGUAAUGUUCCUUGACGAACCGACAACUGGUCUGGACAGCAGUUCCUGCACCAAAGUAUUGGAAUUAUGCAAGAAGUUAGCGCAACAGGGUAGAACCAUUAUUUGUACAAUUCAUCAACCAACAGCCAAAUUAUUCCAAAUCUUCGAUCAAGUAUACGUACUAUCGUCCGGUAAUUGUGUCUACCAAGGCAGUACAGAAAAAUUAGUGCCAUUCUUACAGACUGUCGAUUUGCCAUGUCCUGUUUACCACAAUCCUGCUGAUUACAUUAUAGAAUUAGCAUGCGGAGAAUAUGGAAACGAUAAAGUUGAUAUCUUGAAAUCAGCAGCCGAGAAUGGUAGUAGUCUAGCGUGGUUUGACGACCCAAGUUCUAUAUUACGCGCAGAAACAUUAAUUCGAAAAUAUCCGAUUCCGAGAAAAUCAAAAAAACGUUCUUUGGAGGAUACGAGCUAUAUCAAUCAAUUAUCGGUAUUACUGCAUCGGGGAUAUGUAAAGGCUAAGCGUGAUACAACCUUGACUCAUUUGCGCAUAGCUGUAAAUGUGUUUGUUGCCAUCAUUCUGGGUUCAUUAUACGCCGGCUCCGGCCGUGAGGGCUCGAGAGUUUUAGACAAUUAUAACUUACUAUUUGCCAUAUUAAUCCAUCAUUCGAUGACAACGAUGAUGUUAACUGUAUUAACAUUCCCAAUAGAGAUGUCAAUAUUGUUGAAAGAACACUUUAAUCGCUGGUAUUCCCUAAAGGCUUACUACACGUCAAUCACAUUAAUCGAUCUGCCCAUUUCGGUUGUUGGCUGUUUACUUUUUACUGUUAUUAUAUAUCUGUGGAGUUAUCAACCAAUGGAGUGGGAACGAUUUUGGAUGUUCUUUGCUAUGAGUUUGCUGACUGUAUUCGUUGGUCAAAGUUUUGGGCUGAUGAUUGGCGCUUGGUUUAGUGUUGUGAAUGGAACUUUCUUAGCACCUGUUCUGACUAUUCCGAUGAUGAUGUUUGCUGGUUUUGGGGUAACACUUCGAGAUUUACCCAGCUAUUUGAAAUGGGGCAGCCAUAUAUCUUACCUUAGAUAUGGUUUGGAAGGCUUUGUUGGUGCCAUUUAUGGUCAAGGACGUGGUGUGUUGGACUGUAAUGAAGCGCCUUACUGCCAUUAUCGAUAUCCGAAGAAAUUCCUGGAAGAGAUCACAAUGCGUGGUGAUCAAUUUUGGAAUGAUUUCAUGGCCCUGUGUGUUAUUACCAUAGCUUUCAGAAUAGUGGCCUUUGUUGUUCUUAAAGCGAAAAUAAAUUCAGUAAAAUAAUGUGUAAUGUUUAUGAAACUACGAAUAAAUUUAGGAAACCAUUUAUUAAAACGA